AUGGUGAAUGAAGGCAAAUCUCUGACAGAAGCCCUCCUGUCUGCCAAGGCAGAUGAACGCGUCACUUUUGGCGUCUAUGAGUGCGCUCAAGUUAUGAAUGAUGACCCAGACAGUGUAUCAUUCUGCGUCCUGGCAUCUGACAACUUCGAGUGUGACAUCGCUCUUCAAAUCCACUUCACUCUCAUUCAAGCAUUUUGCUUUGACAACGACAUCAGUAUAGUGAGAGUGAGCGACAUGCAACGUCUUGGUGAACUAGUUGGUGCUAAAAGACUUGAAGAUGCACACUGUGUUCUCAUCACGAACCCAGCCGAUGGCUCGUGGGAGGACCCUGCACUGGAGAAGCUGCACCUGUUCUGUGAGGAAAGUCGCAGUUUCAACGAGUGGGUUCCAGAGAUCACUCUCCCUGAGCGUUGA